AUGGCAACCACGGCUGACAAGUCCGCCAUCGUCGAGGCAGCGACACCAGUAUCCCCUGUUCACAGCAGCCUCGACGAGAAACCUGUUGCUCGGAGACAACGACUGAGGAGAAUCAUAUGGGAUACCUUUGACUAUUCGGCCGAGGAACGAUGGUUCAUUUUCAAGAUUGACUUUUUUAUCCUAGGAUACGUCGUCUCCCAGAUCCCCUCCCAAAUGAUCUGCACCCGCGUCCGCCUCUCCCUCUGGUGCCCCUCCUGGGAACUCCUCUGGGUAAUCGUAACCUUUGCCUCGUCGGCCGUCAAAACACCUCACCAGCUCUACGCCUGCCGCUUCCUCGUCGGUCUCGCGGAGGGCACGUUCUACCCAGCCGUGCACACCGUGCUAGGCGGGUGGUAUACGAAACGCGAACUUGCAAAGCGCGCCUGCAUCUUCUUCGGUUCGGCGUUUGUCGGGAGUAUGUUUAGUGGCUAUCUGCAAGCAGCCCUGCACAGCGGGAUGAACGGCGUCGCGGGCCUCUCCGGCUGGCGCUGGCUCUUCAUCUUUGACGGGGUGAUUACCCUCCCCAUGGCUGUGUGGGGGUACCUUGCGCUCCCGGACCUGCCGAGCAACACGCGUGUGUUCUGGCUCAAGCCACAGGAAAAGGAAUUGGCACGGGAACGAAUGCGCAAGGCCGGGAAAGCGCUCGACGAGCCUAUUACGCUACAGGGUGUCAAGAGGGUUCUCUCCGGGUGGCACUUUUGGGUUUAUACGGCUUAUUAUACGUUCUUCAUCUGCUCCGAAAACAUCGGCGGCUACAUGAACCUGUGGCUCAAGAGUCUGGGCCGAUACUCGGUGACACAGAUCAACACGUAUCCGACGGUGACGAAUGCAGUGACGAUCCUGACGAGUUUGGUCUAUGGCUGGACGAGCGAUGCGAUCCAGCUGCGCAGCCCGAUUGUCUUCUUCAGUCUCACGGUUUGUUUUUUCGCAGCGAUGAAUCUCGCCAUCUGGGAUGGGGUCCCGUUUGGGCUCAAGUGGGCGAGUUAUUAUCUUACUGGGUUCGCGCAGGGGUCUGGGCCUGUUUUCCUGACAAUGGUCAACGAGGUGUGUGCAGGCGACAGUCUUGAGCGAAAGAUUAUCCUCGGUUCCACGAAUUCGAUUGCAUACGCAUUCAAUGCCUGGAUCCCUCUGAUCUCCUACAACACAAACUAUGCCCCUCGGUUCCUUGUGGGAAACUCCGUCACGGUGGGGUUGAUCGUUUGUGCGGCGUCGACGCUGAUGGGGGCUGUGUGGCUUGAGCGGCGAGAUAAGAGGGAAAGGGUAAUCAGGCAUGAUGAAGAAGAAGACUCUAGUCAGCGAGGGCACCUGCACAUAGUGUGA